AGUAAAACACACAAUGCAGUAAUCUUCUACCCAAUCCUAAUAUUGUAGUUUAUUUCCACAGUACAGUCACUGAGGUGGAUCUAUACAAAUAUGGCUCUCUACAUAACAGUUAUCACAGCCAUGAUCAUUCCUUUCAUGCUGGUGUCAUGUGAAGUUCAAGAAAAACCAGUUGUCUGCUCAGUUAUUCAAGGAUUUCAAGGUCUUAAUGGGAGAGAUGGGAGAGAUGGAAUUCCCGGACAGAAGGGUGAACCAGGACCACUGGGACAAACAGGAAGUCCAGGCUUAAAAGGAAACCAAGGAUCACCAGGUAAAGCUGGUCCCCAAGGUCAAAAAGGUGAACGAGGUGAUAAAGGGACCAAUGGCACACCAGGUCAACAAGGUCUUAAAGGAGAAAAAGGCUCGAUGGGGCCAUCAGGAGGAAAAGGUGCUGAUGGAAUUGCAGGUGCUAAAGGUGCUACAGGUGCAGCUGGUGCUCCUGGGACCCCAGGUAUUAAAGGUGCUGCUGGAGCCAAAGGAGACAAAGGUGAUCUAGGUCUUCAAGGUCUGAAAGGAGAAAAGGGUGUGGCCGGACAAGCAGGGGUAACCGGAGCUGCAGGCAUCCCAGGUGCUAAAGGUGCAAUCGGAGCCCCUGGAAUUGCUGGUGCAAAGGGUGAUAAAGGAAAUCCUGGCGUGCAAGGUGUAAAAGGGGAAAGAGGACCAAUAGGUGCUACAGGGGCAACAGGUGCUUCUGGAGCUCCUGGUGCUAACGGUGCUAUGGGAUCAGCAGGAGUGACUGGGAUCCAAGGUAUCAAGGGAGCUGCCGGAGCCAAAGGAGAUAAAGGAGAUCCAGGACCACAAGGACUCAAGGGCAGUAAUGGUUUAGCUAAUGCUAAAGGGGCAACAGGUGUUCCUGGAUCUCCAGGUGCCAAAGGUGCUGCAGGGGCAGCUGGGUCUCCAGGAGCCACAGGGGCGAGGGGAUCUGAAGGUGCCAAAGGAGAAAAGGGAAAUCCAGGUGUACAAGGUGUAAAGGGAGACAGGGGUCCAACAGGUCCUGCAGGAACAGCUGGAACUCCAGGAAUAGUAGGUGCUAAAGGUGCAACAGGUGCUAAAGGAGACAAAGGAGCCUCAGAUACUGUUCUGGCAACAAAAGUCACAAACUUGGAAAACAAAAUAUCUUCUCUGGAGAAGAGUCUUUCCUCUCUACAGAAAGUGGCCUAUUUCCAAAGUGGAGUGGUAACAUCAGGAAACAAAAUUUAUGUCACAAAUGGAUUGGAAGGUAAUUACGACACUGCCCUAGCCACCUGCCGUGGAGCACAAGGAACGCUGCCAGCUCCUUUAAAUAGUGUUGAAAAUGUUGCCUUACAACAGCUAAUGAAGGAAAGAGGCAAGAACUUUUUUCUUGGCAUGAAUGACAUAAAAGUGGAGGGAUCCUAUGUUUAUCUCAAUGGAAACCCAAUUUUUUAUAAGAAUUGGCACCCAAAAGAACCUAAUGGAGGACGAGGUGAAAACUGUGUAGAAAUAUUUGGACUGGGACAAUGGAUUGAUAUCACCUGUAAUCAGAAAAAUUUGAUUGUGUGUGAAUUUCACCUGGCGAGAAAUAUACAGCAGAAGUCUAGUUCUAUUGAGAUGCUGCAGUGUGAGCAAAUUGCCACUAAUCAAUCCAAACGUAAAACCUCAGAAAAAGACCCAUAUAUUUUAUUGGCCAGGAUGUUGCACUUCCAUCAGUCUGUCUGGGUAUUUGUCGCUUUUACUGUAGCGGCAUGUCAUGCAGAGCUUGAGAAGUGUGCAGGGUCUCCCGGAAUUCCAGGUACCCCAGGUCAGAAUGGACUUCCAGGAAGAGAUGGCAGAGAUGGCGUGAAGGGAGACACUGGUUUGCCUGGACCAAUGGGUCCCCCCUCAGGUAUUCAAGGACCAGCAGGAAGAGAUGGACUUACUGGCCCAAUAGGCUAUCCAGGUGUCCAAGGGAUAAAGGGAGAGAAGGGAGACAUUGGACUCCCAGGUACACCUGCAUCCUUGGAUCAUGAACUACAACUUCAGUUGGAGAAUAUAAACAAACGCAUCAGGACACUGGAAGGGGUUCUCCUCUUAGGAGGAAAAAUUAAAAAAGUAGAAAAGAAAAUACUGGCCACGAAUGGAAAAGAAGUAGACUUUGCAACUUCUGUGACCACUUGUGAAACUGUCAGUGGAAGCGUCGCUACUCCUAUGGAUGAAGCUGAAAAUGAUGCCGUAACACAAAUAUUAAAGGAAUACAAUAGAUAUGCAUAUUUAGGGAUCGUCGAGGGGCCAAAAGCUGGAAACUUCCAUUAUUUAGAUGGCCAACUACUAAACUACACCCACUGGAGAAAAAAUGAACCCAGUGGUAAAGGAAAAGAAAGUUGUGUUGAAAUGUAUACAGAUGGAACGUGGAAUGACAAGACUUGUAACCAAAAACGACUUACUGUUUGUGAGUUUUAAAUAUUGCUAACAAUAUUGUUAACUCUAAAUGACAUAUAAAAAUAAAGUGAAACCCUAUGUACACAUACCUUUAAAAUGUAAAA